CCUCAGCAUGGUGGAUGGUGUGAGUGUGAGGAGAAAUAAUUCAUGAAGAAAUAUUGUUUAUUUUUUUUCCCAAAAUUAUUAUUUAAUAAUUUUAUUGAUUUAUAGAAUUUCAUUCAGGCAAGGGCACUUACAACCGAAUAAUGUUAUCUUUACAGACAUGUUGCAGGGUUCUGUGUAGUAAGGCACACAUGACAAAAACAUACCUGUGCCGGAGUACGCUACGUUCCUGGUGUUCUAAGACUCAAGAUGGCGUUCUUAUGUCUUCUCGGAACAUAAGUACAUCGUUUAGUGUUAACGCUUCCGUCGAUAAGGGAGGCGCGCCCCAAAGACAUCCAAAAAUAAACCGAAAUAAAGCAAAGGGCUCCCCUGUUAAACCCUUCACAGUGUUUUCCGCAGGAGCGUCCAAGAAAAGGUCCGAGAUGCAGCCGAAAGUAGAGGCGCGAAAUGACAGAGAGCCGUCUUCCAGAAACUUCCAGUCGUCGGUCCCGUCUACACCUUUGCUGCCCAAAGAAUGGAGCCGGGUGAAAGAAGAAUAUGGCAGGAUACAGGGGUUUGAAGAAGUCAUGAUGGCGAAAUUAAUUUCAGGUGAACGUCACAUCGAUGUUGCCCGAUCGCUUUUGACUUUUGCGGGGAAGGAAUCGUGUGGCAUCAGCUAUAAAUUACUUUUGAGAUACUUGGCCUUGUGCGUAAAGCAGGAUCAGGUGACCGAAAUAUACGACGUGUAUGAUUUGAUGAAGGCGAAAUUCAAGUCUUUCGAUACUGGAGCCUACAGCUUGUUUAUUAAAGGAUUCAGCCAAACCGAUCGCUGGCGAGAAGCAAUCGCUUUGUUGGAAACUAUCAAGAAAACGGUCUCUCCUUCCUCAGGAAACUAUAGAGAUUGUAUUAAGGGGGCUGUUGAACACGGAGAGGAACAGUUGGCAUUAAAGCUUUAUAAAGAGAUGCUGCAGAGUGAAUUAACACCGUGUGAUGACACCAUCCGGUCUUUGUUUAACGCGGGCGGGCGCGUACACACCAAGUCUUUUAAGAAUGAGCUCCUUUGUAUCCUGGAUUACUUAAGGGACAAUCAGAUCUAUCCUGGGGAACCUCUCAUGGAGAGUAUAAAGUCUUGGUUCGAAAGUAUUCCUAAUGAAAGCUGGACAGGACAGGCGAGCAGCGCCACCCAUAACGGCCACUGUCAGGCUUGCGGGCAACAGCUGGAGUCCAUUCAUCUGAAGCCUGAAGAGUACGAUGUGUUAAAGGAUGUCUUCCUUAACAGUGUUAUCAAAGGACCCGACACCUUCCGUAAAACCACACCGCAGGAGCUGCAAGAUUUUCAGGAGUUUGUUAAUUCCCGUCCUCCGUAUGAUAUUGUUGUCGACGGACUGAAUGUCGCUCACAUCUCCCCAAAAGGAGUACGGUCACAGAAUCUCCUAGAUGUGGUGUCGAGCCUGGCCAGCGGGGGGAGCCGCGUACUGGUGCUGGGAAGGAGGCACAUGUUGCAGGACUCCCGGGUAUGGCAGAGGCGGCACUUGGACCUGCUGCAGCAAAGAGCGGACUGCUUCUUCCUUCACAACACGUCAGAAGAUGACCCUUUCCUGCUUUAUGCCAGUUUGUACUCCGGAAAUCAUUGUUACUUUUUGACCAGAGACCUAAUGCGAGAUCACAAAGCCUCUCUGCCUGACCCUCAAACCCGACGUCUUUUCUUUAAGUGGCAACGGGGACAUCAGCUGAUAAUUCCCUUCUAUGCACCAGGAAGUAAAGUUUAUCUUCAGCCCACGCGGUGUUAUGAUACUAUACUACAGAGUACGGAUCUCUCCUGGCACGUUCCUUACGAUAAGAUGGGAGUCACGAGAGCUACAUUUGAAGUGCCUGAAACCUGGCUGUGUCUACAGAAGAAACUCUAGAAGGGGAACUAUUCUCUACGACCCAAUUGUCUUGGGUAUUUUUCCACUGUCCCGCGAUAGCUUGACUCAUACACAUCUGACCUAAUUUACUGGCCUUCCAGUGAUCUGCCCAAUGGUCUGCCAUCCAUUGUCCUCUGUUAUUGUGACUUCACUCCGAGAAAAAGUGCCACCUGCUUGUUUUGUAUGGGUUUUUUUUUGUAAAAAUAACGGAACUAACAUUUCAAUAAACCAAUGGAUGUUGAAUACUA